UGCGUAAAAUAAGUUUAAAUGUCCAUUGUGUAAAUAAUCGGUUACGUUCACCUGAUAGACUUGUGGGUAAGUGCAAGGGGGCGUGAUCAUGGCCGUGCGUGCUUCUGUUGGUGGAAACAAACUCAAGGCCUACCUCGGUAGCUAACGCUAAUUACAGGCUUUCCUGGCGUAUCCAGGCAGGGCUUUAAUGUGGUUUGGGUACCCUCAGGAGACUAAUUUUUGUGUAUACUUGUUAAAUAUUUCUUUGUAUAUUUAAGCUUUGAUAAUUAAUUGCAGGCAGCGGUUGUGACACAAUUUUGCUUUCCUAUAAAAGAGUUGAGAGGCCUGCACAAUUUAGGCUAGCUACAUACCAAGCUAAUGCUAUCGAACUUCACAUGGUCGGUUUUAAAUGACUAGCUCUAGGUUGAUACCAACCUCACCAUCAACGUGUUAUUUUUUCCUUAAACCGACUCCUUAAUUAUACAUACAUUUGAAACUUUUGCCUUUUCAUUGCUUUCGUAUUUUAACGGGGUGUUCGCUUCAUUGGUAUCGAGCGAUUGAGUUUGCGAGAGGCCUCCGUAGAAGCAAACUGCCUAGCUAGUGUUGCCUAGCUGGCUGUGUAGAAUUGUUUGCCAUUCGUAUAGCUUGCUAGUAGUUUACAAGGACGUUUCGUCAGCAAGAUAUUGACACGACUAGAUAAAAAGAACAUUUCCCGUCAGUAGCCAACGCUAAUGCCUGUCGCUUCGUACGCGACAGUAAAUGCCAAAAGUUUGUUAUUUAUCAAAGAUUAGUUGCGAAAAGCGUUAGCUAGCUAUAAAAUAACUUAAGAUGCAUAUCUGUAAGGACUCACUCGCUGGAAAUAUCUGAGAAGAGAAUUUGAGUAUAAAAUUACGAGAAAUGAUGCGCUGAUGUUUGGUCGCUAAACAUGUAUAUAAGGCAAGCUAAAUGGAUAUAUUGCUCAGAAGUUAGAUGGUCAACACUGCUUGUUAGUCUAUAGCGGUAAUAUCUAGCUUAUUAAUAUUACUAAUAAUAUUAUUAGUUUAAAACGGUGUGACAUGAGGUUGCGUUUUGGCGGCUUGACCGCAACUACUCGUCAAGAUGUGAAAAGUUAGAUGGCCAACACAGCUUGUUAUUUCGGUAACGUCUAGCUAGUUAAUGUUAGUUUUAAACGGUGUGACACGAGGUUGUGUUUUGGCGGCUUGACACCAACUGCAGGUCAAGAAGGCCGGGAGGAUAAGGUCCAAUCAGGAGCAUCAAUGAGCGAACAAAAUCUCAAACACACCCCUUAUCGUGUUGCAUCCCUAGAAGAAAAACGUUUGAAACCUGUUUUUUUUGUGAUGUAAUUGACCAGAACAGGUGGUUUGAUGGAGCUGAGGAAAAUUUUCCACAAGAAACCUAAAGUGUGAAAAAAGCUGACCUACGGAGGCGGGCUUCAUGGACAAAGUCAGCGCCUCCAGCCGUCUGAUUCCCAGCGACCGGUUGGACGGAGCGCCGCCGCCGGGGCGGGGUUCGGAGAGGGGGCCCGGCGAUGAGCCGGGGGCGGGUCGCGGGGGCCCAGAAGACUCGUUGAGGAACAUGCUCGGCGACAAAGACCCCAUGUUCGGGUCGGCCAGCGCCCAGUACCACCAUGCGGGCGAUGGUGACGCCGGCCGCCGCGCCGCCGGGUCCGCAGGUGCGGAGGUCACGCGGGAGCCCCAUCCGGCCAAUCGGAGAGGCCGGGGAGCGAGCAGGGGGCGGGGCUCGGGCAGGGGGCGGGGCCGGGGGCGGGGAAGAGGGCGAGGACGAGGACGAGGAGGAGGGCGAGGAGGAGGCCGGGGCAGGGGGAGAGAUGUGUCUCCGUGCCCAACCGGGCAAGAGUGGGUGAAGGGAGCACACCAGUCGCCAGACGCGAGGCAGCCUGAGAUACCGAGCAAUAACACCGCCGGCAGCCGUGGCAACCGCGGCAGCCGUGGCAGCCGUGGCAACCGCGGGAGGCGAGGGGCAAACAGAGCAGCGGCGCAGAAGGUGGGGAGGGGCCGAAGGGGGCGCGCGGACGUCACUCGGGGGCGGGGCCAGGCGCUGCCGCGGGGCGCGCUCGGCAGCAAGCGUCUGCCGUCGCACAUGAACCCCGUGGUGGUGCUGCGGCGGCUCACUGUCACCGUGGGCGGCUACAAGAUCGAGCUGCUCCCCGGGCCGUCCCGCACGGCCGAGGAGGGGCCCGACGGGGCCGAGGCCGAGCCCCCCUCCUUCCCAGAGGGCCCGGCGGGCGGGGCUGGGGCUGGGGCCGGGGGCGCGCCGGAGAUCCCCGCCAAGCCCCCCUCCUUCCCGGAGGGCCCGGCGGGCGGGGCUGGGGCCGGGGGCGGGGGCGCGCCGGAGAUCCCCGCUGAGCCGACCGCGACGCCGCGGCCCCCGGACCCCGCGCCGGAGGACCCGCCCGCGCCGCUGGGACCGCCCGUCAAACCCGACGAGGUCCAGCAGGGCAACGGCCCGCUGCCGGGCAACGACCCACUGCCUGGCAACGACCCGCUGCCGGGCAACGGCGCUACGGGGGAGGUCCCCGCGGAGAUCCCCGCGGAGAGCGAGGCCAACGGGGAGACGGGCGACGGGAGGGUCGACCCGGGCCGGGACACGGGGCCCGACUCUGGGGGGCCCAACGUCAGCCGGGACCCGGAGCCCGGCGCGGCCAAAGCGGAGCGGAAGCCUCCGGCAAAACGGCGGCUCAAAUCGGGGCCCGCGGCCUUCCCCGGCGGGCAGAAGCGGCCGGCACCGGGCCCUCCGGCCGGGGCGGGGGUCGGACCUGGGCCCAAACCCCUGAGGGCCGGGAGCACGGGCAGAGACUCCGCCCAGACCCCGCGCCCGUCCGAAGGGAAGCGAGACUUGAAGAGGCGAGGGGACCGCCUGAAGACCCACCCGCCCGCCAAAACGCACAAGCCCCACGAGAGGGGGCUCGGGGGAGGAGGGGCCGCCCCCGCCGGGACUCCCAAAAUGGCGGCGCCAAGGGACGCGGUCGCCAAAAGGCCCCUGCUGCCCGCCGCCGGUCCGGACGGGCUCCGAAACUGGGGCCCCAUCACAAGGAGGUGGCCUUAG